AUGUAAAAAGAAAUAACAAUAGUAAAUACAUAGCAUUCAGAAUAUGGAGAUAUGUUAAAAUUAAUUGGAAUUGGUUUAAGAAUAGGUGAGAUUUCAUCUGCCCAAAUAGAAGAUGAUUAUUUUGAAUUAAGUGAAGAAGAAUAAUCUGAGUAUUUUCACAAGAAAGGAAUCUAUAGCAAUUUUGAUGAUAUAUACUUUUCAUUAGGAGAAUUUGAAGCUAUUCAUAUAGAAAAUUGUACAAUAGAAAAUUAUAAUGCAGAAAAUGAUUUAUAAGAUGUACCUUUAAUUGAUAUUACAAUUACAAAUUGUUAAUUAGAAGAAAAAAACUUAGGUUAUUUACUUGAAUCAAUAAAUGUAUAAUAUUUAUAGACUCUAAAUUUAUCGAAUAAUAAACUUGGAUUGAAUGAUUUGAAUGAAUUUGAGAAUAUUAUUGAUAUACUAAACAAAAAGGGAGCGAAGAAUACUAGACUUAUUUUAAAGGAUAACCCAAUAAUAAAAAAGUAUUAAGAAGAAAAAUAGAGUUUGCCAACAAUUGGGACAUGGCCAUACAUAUGUAUAUCUUAAUUAAUAUGGUUUUGA